AUGUCCCGCAACCGCAUCUUUGCUUUGGCAGACGUGUCCAACCAUGCCUCCCGAUCCUCAUGCUACAUGUCGUACCGAGGACAAGUCUACGAUGUCACCCCAUUCCUCGCCGAUCACCCUGGAGGUGACGAUAUCAUGCUCGAGUACGCUGGAAAGGACGUGGGCGUAGUCAUGGGAGACGAGGAUAGUCACGUCCAUUCGAGGAGCGCGUACGAUAUGAUGGAGGAUUACCGCGUAGGGGAGUUGGGUGGGGAUGAAAAGAUUGUCAGCGAGGAUUGGGUCGCACACGAAGAUUUCCAUCCCGACGAGACCGACGCGUUGGCCGACUACAACCGCAAUAAAUUCCUCGAUCUCUCAAAACCCCUCCUUAUGCAGGUAUGGGGAGCGCCAUGGACGAAGGAGUACUACUUGUCGCAAGUACACAACCCACGGCACUUGAAGGAAAGCGCGAGAUUAUUCCAAUGGGAUGCGUUAGAGAUGCUUACCAGGACCAAGUGGUAUGUCGUACCCCUGUUCUGGGGUCCGAUCACCAUCUUCAUGUUUGCCUUGUCGAUCCUUCAAUUCACCGAUCAAUCCAUUUCCGCAUCACAACUCCUUACCCUUCCUCUCCCCGCGCUUCCCGUCCCCACCCCUCAGGCAUUCGGCAAGACCAUGGCUGCCUUCUUUGCCGGUAACAUCAUCUGGACCAUCCUCGAAUACACCCUCCACCGCUUCCUCUUCCACGUCGACCACUAUCUGCCGGACCAGAACUGGGCGAUGCUCCUUCACUUCCUCCUUCACGGCAUCCACCACUAUCUGCCCAUGGAUCAGCUCCGACUCGUCAUGCCACCCACCCUUUUCUUUGGCCUGCAAGCUCCGUUCACAAAGCUCGCGCACCUCCUCUUCCCCAAAGCCGUCGCAAACGGUAUCAUCGCCGGCGCGUUCACCUUCUACAUGCUCUACGACUGCAUGCACUAUGCGCUCCACCACACCCGGCUGCCGCAGUACAUGGCCGAGAUGAAGCGUUACCAUCUUGCGCACCACUACAAGAACUUUGAGCUGGGCUUUGGCGUCACAUCAAAGAUCUGGGACUAUGUCUUCAACACGGUUCUGCCUGUCCCUACCAAGUAG